AUGUUCACCUCUAUUUUAGACACAAUGUUGGAAGGGGUCAGUCAUUCCUAUGGGCCGGAAACCGAAUACCUAAUAAAGAACCUUGGACCGGUGCUCCGAGAAUGUAUAGCUGAUGUUGUUAGAAAACGUCCAAAGGAUCCGAUUGAGCAUCUAGCGCACUGCCUGCACCGUCAUGCGGAAGUGGCCGAAUUAAUGCUGCGGGAAAAGCUCGAGGCCGAAGCAAUGCAGGAUGCGGACCGAGCAAGACAACAGUAUCUGGAAGAGCGCGAAAAAAAUGAAACUUCUUUUAUGGAGGCGUCAGUAUCGGAAAACCAACAGACCGACCUGCUGUCUGCUGAACUCAAAUUCAGUACUUCUGACCUGUCUGGCAGUGGUGAAGCAGAAGGGACAAUCGGCACCGACGAAAUGAAUGUCGACAAUGCCGACGAGCCAAGCGUGAAAAGUGGCCUUCCAGGUUGGCUGUAUGGGCAUAGGAUGAAGGAGACCAAUGAUACGCAAAGACUUGGUAAAGGAGUACUCAUAUGUGGACUCAUUGCCAGUGGCGAACAAUGUGCAUAUGAUCCCAUUUUAUACAUUUUUACCGCAAAGUAUUUUAUGUCAAACGUGACUUAUCUGAAAGCUUAUCUACAACAAGCAUUUUUCACAGUAGAUUUAUUUGCUGUUGGCACUGAUCUCACACCCCAGUAUGGUAUUACGGAAUAUACCAUGCUGAUAAGUCUACGAUCUGCAGCAGCUCUCCAUUAG